AUGGUAUACUUACAUUUACAAAAUAUCCUCUACAAAACUUUGGUAGAUAGUUCAGGAAGUAUACGAAGUUAUGAAAUGGGAAUCAACGUAUUAAGGAAAAGACUAAAUUCUAGAAGGUUGCUUAUCAUUCUAGAUGAUGUUGAUAACUUUAAACAAAUAGAAGCUUUGGUUGGAAAUGGUGAGCAACAAAAUGAAUGGUUAGGUCCAGGGAGCAGAGUCAUUGUAACAACUAGAAAUAAGCAUUUGUUGAAGCUAUAUGGAGAGAAUAACAUAUAUAAUGUUGAUAAAAUGACCAAUGAUGAAGCUCUUCAACUCCUAUGUCAAAAAGCCUUCAAACACGGCAAUCUUUUAGAUGGGUAUGUGAAGCUGUCUGAUAGUGUUGUAGGCUAUGCUAAAGGCAAUCCUUUAGCUCUUGAAGUUUUAGGUUCUUUCUUACUUGGAAGAAGUGUAGAAGAAUGGUCAGACACACUGGCUAAACUAAAGGAAGAUCUUGAUAAAGAUAUAUUCCGUACACUUCAAGUAAGUUUUGAGUGA